AUGGAUGCUCAACCCGAACGUGCGGACCCCGUCCAGUCCACAGCAGCGAGCUCCCGGGACAAUCACAUCCAAUCCAGCCCCUGGAUACCGAUACCAGACAAGCGCAUCAUCUGCGUCGAGCAUCCCGGGAUAAUCCGCAAUGUCGAGAAGGGAAUUGCUACCCUCGGAGGAGAGGAAGCUCUUGCAAAGCUCGCCGCCGCCAACGGAAAUAUGGCACUUCACCUGCGCUUUCGUCCGGACGAUCCAAUGCAGCCACCCAUCGAGUCGCGCACCGUUCCCACCAACAAUUUGCUACUGAAGAUUACCAUCCCACGACGAAAGAAGAGAAGGGGGACGAAGGACGGUGAAAUGACUCUGCCGGAAAAAUUAAGGGCCGCAAAGGGAAACUACAAAGUGGAAGCUAUAGGGAGAAUUGAGAAGACAGUCCGGUUUAGAGACAUGGCGAGCUUCCAGUGGAAUUCCUCGAAUUCGGACUUCAUAAACAAAAUGAAGGAUAAACUGAUGGACGGCGACUAUGAGAAGAUUCGCUCUUUCGAGCUGAGCAAGGACAGAGGAGAUCCUAACUCUGAAAUUCUGCCGCCUCCGACAUUCUCGAACACGGUGAUACCGCACACAUACUUCUAUCGCCAGAACCCCGCGGUGAAACGGGCCCUGAUCGACGGGAAAACAUCACUCCUCAACUUCCAGGCUGCACCAAAGACUUUAACACCGAUGGUCCACGUAACCAUCGCCGAAAUUCCCACAAAGCCUGCUGACGUCCCGGAGUACGCACAACUCGACUCGCUGCACAAAGAAUGCGUUGAUCAUCUGCGGGCUCUUUUCGAGCAGCGACCCAUCUGGACACGCCGUGCACUAUACAACAACUUUCCGAAACAUCUCCAAACCAUGGUCCGCUUCACCAUGGCACAUGUGGCGUAUAUGUGGCGGGCCGGACCUUGGAGGGAUACUUGUGUUAAGUAUGGAGUGGAUCCGCGUUCGGAUCCUAAAUACCGCUUUUACCAAAGCGUCUUCUUCCAGAUCGAGACGCAUAAAUCUAGGCCAUCCUACCAAUCCGGCAGCAACAUUGAUAAUAGUCAUAUCUUUGACGGUAAACGGUUGAUUCGGGAUGGUAGAUGUUUCCAGCUGUGCGAUGUGACGGAUCCGUUGAUGCAACAGUUGAUCAAUACACCCAACCUCAGGAAAACGUGUGAUGUAAGUCACAGACCGCCAAUACCGGUCCUGUGUGACGGUUCACUGACACAGAGCAAGUAG